GGCCGGGCCGCGCCCCUGUCGCAGCCAUGGGGCCGGCCCAGCUGCUGCUCGCCGAGGCCGUACAGAGCCGGGAUGGCUAUGAUUCUGAUUUUAGUGAUGAUGAGAGAGGAGAGAAAUCUGUCAAAAGAACAAGUAAUGAAGAUGCUCUUCUUGUAAAGCCAUUCCAGAAAGUAAAACAGUGCAAGGUGGCACACCGACAAGUUGCAGCAGAAGAAUGGGAUAGGGAAGAAGCAAGAAACAGGAGAUUUCAUUUGAUAUCCAUGGAUGCUUAUGAGAGACACAAAAAGUUUGUGAAUGACUACAUUUUAUACUACGGUGGCAAAAAGGAGGACUUCCAACGUUCAGGAGCAAAUGAUAAGACCGAUCUUGAUGUUAUAAGAGAAAAUCAUAGAUUCCUGUGGAAGGAGAAUGAUGAAGUGGACAUGAAUUGGGAGAAGAGGCUUGCAAAGAAAUACUGUGAUAAAUUAUUCAAAGAGUACUGCAUAGCAGAUAUGAGUAGAUACAAAGAGAAUAAGUUUGGAUUUAGAUGGAGACAUGAGAAAGAAGUAGUUUCUGGAAAAGGUCAUUUUUCCUGCGGGAAUAAACACUGUGAUGAGAGAGAAGGACUGAAGAGCUGGGAGGUGAAUUUUGGUUAUAUUGAACAUGGUGAAAAGAGGAACGCACUUGUAAAAUUGAGACUGUGUCCAGAAUGUUCUUACAAAUUAAAUUUUCAUCACAGGAGGAGAGAAGUCAAACCAAACAAGAAGAGAGAAAGACAUGAACAAGACUCUAAAGAACCAAAUAGUAAGAAGUCUAGAUUAUCACAUACAGAAAAACACAAGUUAAAGAGAAAGAGACAUAACGAUCAAGUUUCCUCAGGAGAUUCAGAUCAUUGUGAUGAAGAUCUAGACAACAGUGAUGAACAAGAUGGUCCUUCAGAUGCUGACUUUUGGAAAGGUCCUUUGCAAGAAACAGAUGAAAAAUCACAGGAGGAAGAAUUUGAUGAGUACUUUCAAGACUUGUUUCUCUGAAACUUGCUGCGGAACCCUAGGGAAAGAGCAGAUUCCUCAGAGUGUACUGCAGCCCAAGACCUUGUAUAGUGGCUGUGGAGCAAGUCCUCUGCCAUUCUUUAGUUUCUUUCUUUGGAAUAAACCAUUAGUACAGUCUGUUUUUCAGGCCUUGGCUAGGGGCAAAUACAGGAAGAGGUUUUUUCCCUUUAUUUCAAUUGGCAUAUCUUUUGUUGGGUUGUAGUAACAUAAUUCUGCUUGUUUGUUCUGUUCAGAAAAAGUUGUAUUAGCAUUUUGUACACUUGUUACAUUACAUUUGAAUGUAUACCUCUACUUCUGACAUCCUGGUCUAGAUUCCUUGAUGUAUUACUCAUUCUAAAUUAAAACAUUAUAAUUCUUGUUGCCU